UCGACCUGGAAGCUCACGCCGCAACGAUCUGACAAUGAGCACGACACACCCACAUUCUCACCCUGGUUGCUCAUCUGCUGCUCACCAGGAUGAAGCCUUCGAGACGAGUAUCCAGUCUUGCGGGGUCGUUUCUCGCGUCCGUUCCGGAUGGCACUGUACACGACCUCUUAAACCCGACCCGGCUGUCCGGCUUAUUCAAUCACGUUUCACCCACUCGUUACCCAUUGUGCGCAAGACAGACUUCGCUUUUUUUCUGCACCACUGCCAAUCCGUUCUCCAAAGGUGGGUAUCACGUCCUCCGCCUCUUUCUCUUCUGUGGUCUUUCGCAGGGCCUGGUGUAUCGGUCUCUCCACCUCUGGUAGACCCGAUCAUGGCUAGCCGAGGCUGUUGGUUGCUGUUCCAGGAAAGUCGGAGAAGAACACUUGACAUCCCGCCAUGGUGAUGAUUCUGUACGGGGAUAAAGCUCUCAAUGUGUACCGGGCCAUUCAGCCACUUUUCGAAGCUCAGGUGAGAGGAUCAGACGAUGGCCGUGAUUUGGUGAUCUCUCUACACCGGAUGCACCGGCUGGAGAAGUCCAGGAGAGAGCCAAGUGAUGUGCAAUGCGUCUUAUGCGUGCGCCCAGUGCUGAAAGGAACAUAACCUUGACCUGCAGAAUUGCUCGGAGUAUGCUGUAGUUGAUUGUCGGUCCUGUGGAUCCUGUCGAUCCUGUCGAUCUGAUGGACCGUGAUGGUGGGCAUUG